GCACACACGGGUCUUCUGAUAAACACCACAAGCGACUAGUGUUUUCAUCUCCUUCGUAUUUUACAUCCAGUGAUGUGAUGGUGCCAGAGACGUGCCUUUGUGCACGAGCAAAACCACUCUUUUAGAUGGCGAGGUAGUCGGAUAGUCGGUUUAAACUAAUAAGGAAUUGAGGUUUGUUAUUUGGGAUAUUUCCGUUAUUAGGGUGUGUGAAAAUGCGAGGGCGCGUGACAGGCCAGGCCAUGGAGCUGUUGGGCAGCGGCGGCUCCAGGAUCAGUGUGACCCGGUUCUUUCUGGCCCCAUCAGCCAGAGCAUUAGCUCCACAGUCGGCUGGUGGACAUGACAUCGACAGAAGGUUUCGGUCUACAUCGUCCAUGUCCGGUUACACGGAACUGGCUCGGGAGAGGUCCAAAACCGUCACGUCUUUUUACAACCAGUCUGCCAUCGAUGCAUCUGCCGAGAAGCCUUCUGUCAGACUCACGCCAGCCACUAUGUUGUAUGCAGGGAAGUCUCCUGAUGGACAACAUAUCCUGAGCAGUGCCAAGUACCUACACAAAGAGCUGCCUGUCCGUAUCGCUCAUCGCAUUAAGGGCUUUCGAAGCCUGCCCUUCAUUAUCGGCUGCAACCCAACCAUUCUCCAAGUGCACGAGCUUUAUAUCAGGGCCUACCAAAAGCUGAGUGACUUUCCAGCCAUAAAAGACCAGGAGACUGAAGCUCGCUAUAGCAAGCUUGUGAAACAGCUCCUUGAUGACCACAAAGAUGUUGUCACCAUGCUAGCUGAGGGAUUCAGGGAAUGUCGUAAACACAUUGUGGAAGAAACUCUGGUUCGUAAUUUCUUGGACACAACGUUGACAUCUCGUCUGGGCAUCCGUAUGCUGGCCACGCACCACAUCGCCUUGCAUGAGGAUAAUCCUGAUUUUGUAGGCAUCAUAUGUCGACGGCUUUCCCCUAAAAAGAUCAUAGAGAAGUGGGUUGAUUUUGCUCGACGGCUCUGUGAGCAUCAGUAUGGGAACUCCCCACGAGUUCGCAUCAACGGCCAUGUGGCGGCCCGCUUUCCCUUCAUUCCACUGCCGCUGGACUAUAUCCUGCCUGAGCUGCUGAAGAAUGCUAUGAGAGCCACCAUGGAGAGUCACUUGGACACACCUUACAAUGUGCCUGAUGUGGCGGUCACCAUUGCAAACAAUGACACUGACUUUGUCAUAAGGAUCUCGGAUCGUGGUGGUGGGAUUCCUCACAGCAUUCUGGAAAAGGUGAUGGAUUACCACUUUAGCACAGCUGAGCAGAGUACACAGGAUCCACGCAUGAGCAACCUUUUCGACAGCAUUACUAACAGCGGUCCCCAAUCUGGACCCAUGCAUGGGUUUGGCUUUGGUCUUCCUACGUCUCGAGCAUAUGCUGAGUACUUGGGAGGUUCCUUGGCCAUCCAGUCGAUGCAGGGCAUUGGCACAGACGUCUACCUGCGCCUUCGGCACAUUGAUGGCAAAGGAGAGAGCUUCAGAGUUUGACGUUAUUCCCGAGUCAUUGGAGCUUGCGGGUUGGUCAAUUUUAGAGGUGGAAGGUGAACCAAAACCAGGAAGUUCCACUGUUAUCACUUUUCUCAUUACCUGUCGAACUCUUUUUUUCCCUUUUACACUGCAUCAGCUUCACAUUUUGGAUCACGUUUUCUGCAGCCAUUGGGUGUCACGGUUUUAAGUUGUGAACAGACACAACUUCGGGUUUGCACUGCAUAUAAGGUGAUUGUGUUGUUCACUGUGAUUUAAAAAGAAAACAAACUUUCAGCCUUAAGAACGCUAGAGGAUUUCAUGUUCAAAAUCAAGCAUGUUACUAUCCAAAUGUGAGACUCCUUACACUCCAGAAACUGAUAAAAGAUGCUGUCAACCUUCUGUGACUUCAACUCUCCAGACAGCCAAGUCCUGGUUUCUCUCAGAAUUAUGAAUCAUUUGGACUCUUUAAGGACAUGUUAUUCUGUUAGCGUUCUCUCAAAAGGAACAGUUUGAGUUAGCACACAAGUGCAGAAAGGCUUUUAGUAAUCUGCUAUUGACUCUGAAUAUAGGUCUACUGCCUUAUAAACUGAUAGUUUUGACAUUUCACAUUAACCAUAUGAGCUUAAGAGUUUGUUGUAUAUUUCAUGAUUGAAAUGGUAUGAUGAAAGAAAGGCUCAUUUGGUUAUUAUCAAAGUGCAAAAUAUAAAGUAUUCUUUAAUUUUCUUGUUUGACAUUCUCUCAAGCAAACAGUGUUUAUAGUGAUGUUGAUAGUUAAAUGAAUGCAUUUUUACACCCUGCUCAGCUGCAGAUUUUGUCUCCUGAUGGACUUUGUUCAGUUUGUGCUCCAAAAGGGUGCCAGCAUUAGAGAAACUGACAAUGAGCUUUUUGCAACAAUAGUACAAGUCAUUCAUAACUGAUCUUGUGCCUGUGGUGUCUUUCCUUUACUUUUGAAAUUAAUGAAGGCGAGUGAUUUUUACGAAAGGGAGCACUAGUAUAUGAUAUGCUCAUUUUCUGGACUGAAAUGAUGUAGAUUUCUUGCCCUAGUUUGCCCUCUACUGGUAUAAUCUGAGCAUUGACUUUUGACUGUACACAAAGCUACCCAAGUGAACAUACUAAUGAUAGAGAAUCAGGGUAAUGAAUGAUGUAUAGAAGAAUAACAUGGAAUGCAAACAGACUAAUGUGCACAUUAGUUCCGCUGUUUAAAAAAGGCCAAAUUGUGGCAUGAGGCACCCAGAAUGAUAUCAAGUAUUGGAUCAUUUUAUUGUAUUUUUUGAUGUUGAGUUUGUAUUUCAUAGAUGCCAAAUGCGCAUAGUUUUUCAGGCAUUAUAAAAUUCUGGAUGAAA